GUCAAGCCAUGGCCGCGCGCGCAUGCCUCCUAAUGUUGGCUGUCGUAGCAGCCGCAGCAGCUCGCGAGUGCAUUGAACUCACCCUGACAGAGAGCCUCUUAUCAAACUCCAUCCUCAAUGGGACAAUACUAAAAGUUGCCGCGAAAAAUGAGAGUGUUGAUGAUGUGCCCGUUGUCAGCGUGCUGGAACUGUGGGACAGGUUUCCGAGAGUGAUGGUGCCCAGGAAUGGCACCAGCGAACAGUGCAGGAGGGAGAGCCAGCUCUUCCACGACAGUUUGGAUCGCAUGCAGCUGUGGGCGUUGAAAAUGUUCGAUGCGACGGCCAAGCCUCCAGCGGGCGUACUAAGCGGGAACGCCAACCAGUUUGGCGACUUCGACGAGUGUCUCAGCAUCGACGGUGCGGUCCGUGGGAAGUACUGCCUCGCCUCGCUGCAGAUAAGCUUCGCGGGACAAUUUAAGGAGAUAGACACACUGGUUCAUAGCGGUCACUACAUUAGGAGCAAUGUAACUGAUAUGGGUCAUCGCGUGCCCCGAUACUCGAGUCUUCUGUGGGGGGUGUGCAUGCCUAGCUCCUGCAGCAGUUUCGACCUUGAGGGGGAGCUCUCUGGGAAGCUGUCGAAGCUCGGCAUCUCCGUGAAGGUGCACCACACCAUGUGCUCGGUGAAGAACUUCAAGAGACCGUACUCAUUCGGAAAGACUCUUGCUAUUGCGUUUUUCCUCGGAGUUCUCCUACUACUGAGCAUGGGCACCCUUCUUGACGACGGCAAAGAGGGAGCUAACAAUUUCGAAAAACUACUCAACGCGUUUUCUCUGAAACGCAACUUGAGGAGAGUAUUCGAUCUGACCGAUUCGCCGACGAGAAUCAAGGGCGUGGACGCGUUCAGAGGCGUAAAUGCGUUCGCGCUGAUCAUAGCACACAAGUCAAUGGCGAUGGCGCACAGCCCUUACGUGAACAAAGUCAGUUAUUCGGCGGUAUUCGGGAUGCCGUGGGCUGUCGUCGGCCGAUCAGCCAUAUUGUACACGGAUAGUUUCUUGUACAUCAGUGGGUUCUUAAAUGCUAACAACCUCAUGCAGGAUAUUGAAAAGAAGGGUACCAUCGAUGUUAAGAACAGACUCGUUGCCAGAUGGUUCAGACUGUUCCCACUGUUUCUGAGUCUGAUGCUUUUCUGCACGUACAUCUUGCCGGACAUCAACAACGGGCCGCAGUGGAACCUCGUGGUGGAGGAGCACAGCCGGGUCUGCGAGAAGACCAUGUGGAGGAGCUUCCUCUUCAUACACAACUACUUCGGAUUCGAAGAAAUGUGUUUGACGCACACACAUCAGAUCGGUAUGGACAUGCAGCUGUACAUCGCCACGCUUCCACUGAUGGUGAUUCUAUCCCGCUGGAGGAACCUAGGCCUGACCCUGAUGGUGUCGGUGGCCGUGGCUUCUACCCUGCUGCGGUACCUGGCCAUACACUGGUACGACAUCAGCAUGUUUGUCUACUUCGGAAUCUCAGUACAAAAGCUUAUGGAUGCAGCUAAAUUUUCUUACAUAUUGCCUACGCACCGAGCUACCAUUUAUCUUAUAGGAGUGAUGAUGGCAUAUUUCAUGAGGACUAAGAAACUUAAAAUCCAAUUGAGUAAUACCCAAGUGAGGGUGAUGUGGGCCAUCUGCUUCGCCCUGGCCGCCUUCACGAUAAUAAGCCCGUACAAGAUGGGCCUGGAAGGAUACAAGUACGAACACGGUCCUGCUGCAAUGUUCGCCGCAUUUUCUCCCAUAGUAUGGGGUGUGUUCAUGUGCCUCUCUCACUGGGCUAUCAGCAACGACUACACAGGAAUAGGCACUUCGUUUGUGGAGUCUCGAGUGUUCAAGUUCUUCAACAAGAUAGGGUACGGCGUGUAUCUCACGCAGUUUCCCAUAUUCUUCUACAACGUCGGUAUUCAGAGGAACGCGGAGUAUUACUCGCCGCUGCUGCUUGUGUACCUGCCUGAGAUGCUGACCAUUCUUGUGAUCUCGAUAUUUACCACCGUCGCCAUCGAGAUGCCAUUCAACAAAGUCCACAGAAUAUUUUUCGGUAAAUCCGGUACAAAAUUAAAGGAGAAAUAGAGACAUAGUGAUACCAAACAAAGACUAGAUAGAUUUUAAGUAAAUUCGCUCCCGAAUACUGAAACGUUACUGCUACGUUUUUGACACUUGAUUGACAUUACUCUGACAUUUAUUUGACAUUUGUGUAAUACUUAUUUGACAUUGAAUUGACAUUGUGUAAUAUUUAUUUGAAAUUGAAUUGACAUUUGUGUAAUAUUUAUUUGACAUUGAUCUAAUAUUGGUUAGUAACGGCCACACUGAGAGACAAUCUCGAUUAUUUUGUGAGCUUGAAGAGAGAGAUGAGACUGAGAUAACACAUCACUUUACCAAGCAUUUCAUUGAAUUAACGUCUCUGAGUGUGGCAUUUAGCAGCAUAACUUCAAGUAGUACCUAUUAAAUAUAAAAUAUGUACUUAUUUUUUACUGUAACUUAUUGCAUUUUGCUUAGUAAAGCACUGCACUUGCACAAACAGUUGUGGGUCAUUUACAAAGAUACUAUAAAAGAAAUAAUUUCACUUUAAAAUACAUUUACUAAUUAAAAUUAGCUUUUCGAGAGUGACGUUUUUAGUAUUCUGUUGAUAGUAGAUAUUGUAAAUAGUUAAGUUACUAGGUUUAAGAACACAUCACGUAUUGUAAUCGCAUAACUGUGCACAAGUUUGAUAUUUUUAUACUUGAUGAUGAUAACAUAGCUCAAUAGAUGUAAGGGUUUAAGUUAUUUAAGUUGUUUAUACAAUACAAUGACAACGACUGCUAUAGGUACUUAUAUGUUUAUUUUUUUUUAUGCUCAACAGAACUCUAUUGUUACUUACUUAUUUCUACAUUGUCGCCAUUAACAAUACCUUUCCAAUGAUAUGAAAUAAGCUUGCUAGAGCUUAUUUGUCUAAAAUUAUUUUAUUAAGUUAUCGAAAUGUAAAAACUUUCUUGAUGAUAUGGUAUUGUUAACAGCCGUUGGAAGACUUAUUAAGAUCGAAUGUAAAAACAUGAGAUGCUAUUUGCUUAAAACUUCUCGAACAGCUAUAUAUUGUAUCAUUUCAAAGCUAAGUAGAUUUAACAACUUCAAAUGUUUUGUGGAACUUUUAAAGUCUUAUUCUGUUAAUAAAAACAAAUUUAAAUUUUGAGCAUAUAACUCUGUUGUAUUGGUAAAGUAUUCGGAAACUAAUAGAAACUCGCGUAAAACAAGAUAAAAAUAUUGAAACUGGAGAUGCAAGAUAUUCUGUGCCUCUUUCACAAGCUGUCAAAUAAUAAAUAUGCGAAAGGGAUAAAAUGACUUGCGUUGCCAUUCGGUUAAUCAUUGGCGCGAGUAAGACCUACCUAUCUAUUCAUACAUUUUGUAAAGAGUUUAAUGAAAGUAAAAUUAUAUGAAUACGGUGCUGAUAAGGAUGUUGAAAAUAAACGAA